AGAUGCCAGACCUGUCGUUCCAACUCUGCUCCCUCACACAACAAGUUCGACUGGUCUUCUGCUGAGCCACGACCAGAAUCUCCUUCCUGGACUAACGACGGGCCUUCGACAUUUCAUAUGAUUCCAAAGCCAGAAUGGUCUGCCGUAAACGAUGCGGCAAGCAAUGGUAUCUUCGGGGUUCUUGAGAGCAAGCCGAAUGAUUCGCUCUUCGCUUCCGCUACAAAGCCCCCUGCUUCACUCCCGGGAGGCGGGCUGUUUGGAGGAAAUCAUGCGGCACCGAGACCUCAAUCUGUCUCUUCUUUCUCUCCUACGAAACCCUUUAGAGACACCACAGGUACCUCCGAUGCAAUGUUUCCCUCUUGCCUUCUAGGUAGGAACCCCUCCGGAAAAGCAUCUGUUCCCACACCAUCCUCUCCGUCUCAGCCUAACCACCGCUCUCAGCCGCAGACAGGAUUCGCCAACCUCGCCCAACCUUCCAAUACCCUACUACGACCCGGCGGACUUUUUGGAAACCCGAAUACGACAGUAUCAGCGCCCUCUUUUGGUGCCUUCAGUCAGCUGAGUGGGUCUUCCCAUCCUUCUUCGGGGAACAGCUUGUUCGGCAACCUGAGCUCACCCAACCACUCUGAUGCCAGUUUCGAUCAGCCAGUGAAGGCUGCUGCCGUACUCCCGGGUACAACCUGGUCCGGAAGCGGCUUCGGCGCUCCUGUAUUCAGUAAACUGAAUGCGCUGCAGGACUAUCAACGUCAAUUGAACGUGCUUGAGGAGCGCCAAGCUGAAGUAGAACUUGCUGAGGUGGUGGCAAAGAGGAACCCGCAGCACGACGCUGCACAUAAUGCAGUACUGGACUCGGAAAUACCGGCUCUGUUGAAUGAAGUGCUCAGCGCUUCGUUGAGUGACGACGGGCCUGAGAGGACCGAACUUGCAGACCCAGUCAUGGCAUCGCAUGCAACGAACCAUACUACACCGUUAACUUCAAAGCCGACCUCGGUGAAGGAGAAAGGAGCCGAAGAGAACGAAGAGGCUGAGAAGGAGGGGUGUUCUAAGGAUUUGGCGUGUAACAACGAGCCUGUAAGGGCUGGUACGGCGAAUCUGUUCGAGGACAAGAAUACCGCUCCACCGCCUUCACCCCCUGCGUGACAAGAGGGACGCACGUUAUCUGCACCUAUAUGUCAUUGCUACCUGUUACAGAGCCCAAGUUUGGUGCUGCAAAAUCGAUUGGUUCGAGAACGAUUCAGUAUGAACCUUCAGAAAAGUGGUUUGUCGUGGACAUGCACUUAUGAGCUUUUUGCUAGUUUUGGGCAUCUGG